UCUUUUGGUUCUUUUUAAAGUUCGCCUGGAAACUCCCUGUAUAUAAAUAGACAUGUAGAAUUGGGUACUAGUAUGCAGAGCACAAUCAAAGGUCAUUUGAGCCAUUCUACGCAUGCGUUCAUGGGAUAACGUGGGGGAAGUCCCUUCCGGGUUUUCCCUGCCAACUGAUAGAGUCGCUGUAUUAUAUACAUCUGUGUGCAACUCAUUCUUCAAAUCUGCCCCUCGUUUCUUACGCCAAACUUUAGUUUCUUCAUCCUACUACUGAAUCUGCGUUGUCCCGGUAACUGGUACAGUAAUACAGGGUUGCAGCGGUUUGAUUACACAGUGUUGACAGCCAUUGGCACAGAGCCAACACUGGAGAAGGAUCGCAGAAUGAAAGUCGUGUUGUGACUCAUACGUGGGAAUAACGUUAUAUCAUCAUCACCGAAACUUUGCUCAAUAACGGCAGUCUCCGGCACUCUUUUCCGUACCGACCUUCAAGCGUCUGAAUACGUUGGAAAAGAUGCAGUCUAAACGGUGUACUGACAUGUAUAACGACAUAGUGAGGGAGAUGGACCGUAUUGUGGAAGCCCUACCGGAGACAACUCCUUUAGUGUCAAAGCCGCUACAGCUUCUGCCAGACGAUUCAGAAAAGACCGUGUUCCUGAAACUGAAGAGCUUAUGUCAUCAGCUCAAGAGGGUGCAUCCUGAGGGGCUUGUGGCAGGGAACGAUUCAGGCCCAUCGUCCGGACUCCGUCCCCGCAAAUCGCCCCGCCGUGCACGUGGCCAGCCCGAAGACCGCCCCCUAUCACUGACCGGCCUCAGCCUGGAUAGUGAGCUACCCAUGGUGCCGGCCGGUCCCCACAUCCCCUCCACCGGUCACGGCUCUGUUCCUCUGUGUAUACCGGACAACUUGGAGUGGGACUCGCUGAACAACCGAUUUGUAGAAAUCCCCGGUAUGGAGCGAUGCGGACUGAAACUGUGUGAGGAGGCCCUGGCCAUACUGAGGACCAUAAAGGGCCCGGUGUGCCCGGUGUGCAUUGUGGGACGGUGUCGCACAGGGAAGUCGUACCUGCUGAGUCAGCUGCAGGGUGGGCGAUUCCGGCUGGGCAACAAGAUGGACAGGGAAACACUCGGAAUCUGGAUGGGUGCGCAGCCGUUCCAGCGCACCCUGCCUGACGGGCGGCAGGUGACCGUGGUGCUGUUCGACACGGAGGGGAUGGAGGCGCACGACGCGCAGGAGAACACGGACAACCAGAUCUUCUCUCUCAGCGUGCUGCUCGGCUCGCUACUCAUCUACAACACCAAGAGUGUGCCACACAGCCAUGAUCUGCAGAGUUUGCACUACAUCGGGAACUUGUCCAAGAGUAUCCAGGUGCGCAGUAGCCGUGCCAGGAGUGCGGAGGAGAUCCGGCGGGUGAGUGAGUGCCUGCCGCAGUUCUUCUGGCUGCUAAGGGACGUGGAUCUGGAGAUCACGGACCUGAAGGGCGACAAGUGCAGCAUGAAGACGUACCUGCUGGAGAAAGUGCUGAAAGCAGACGAUGGCUUUGAUGACGACGUGGCAGACCAGAAUCGAGUUAGAAAGUCCAUCCUGACAUUUUUCUCGGAUUUCGACGCCUUCGCCCUUCCUCCACCCUCGGCUGACAAGGAGGUUAUCCAAAACAUGGAGGACCCACGCUACGCCUCGCACGUGACCAGCGCCUUCCACCAGGGCAUGGCUAGGGUCAAGAAGGAGAUCGUGAAGAAGUUCGCUCCCAAGAGAAACUUAGCAGGAAACAUCAUCAAUGGGGAUCAGCUUGCUGACCUGUUGCAGUGUUACGUGACUGCCAUCAACACACCAGGGACUGUACCAAACAUGGAGGACUCGUGGACUCAAACACUGCAACUGACCUACCAGCGGGCUGUUGAUGGCGCAGUGAAGAUUUACGGGGACGAGAUGAAGGCCCUGUCCGCUCGGCUGCCGUGUGACGAGCAGGAGCUGCUGGGACAUCACCAGUUCUUCUUUGAGAUGGCCCUGGACGGGUUCCGGGCAGACACCCAGCUGGACUGCGACUCCGCGCUCAUGCAGCAGAACAUGAAGGAACUAGAGGAUCGCUGCGCGGCCUUCGAUGACGGUGGCCGUUGCUCGGCUGGUAUUCUGUACCAGUAUUUGUGUGACAAUGAAGCAAAGUCAGAAGAGCACUGCCGGGAGAUGAAGAAUCUGCUGAUGGAAGUCCACGUCCAGCCAGUCCUGGACAGCCUAAGUGCAAACACACAAUAUGAUGACGUCAUCAGAGCCGUGGAGGCAGCGGAUGAAAUGUACUGGGAGAUGGCAGCCGGACCUAAAGCUAACGACGUGUACAAUGAAUUUCUGAAGGAGCUUCAGGAACAUCGUGAGCGGGUGGAACACACCUUGUGUCAGCUGAAGGACUACGACAGGCGGCUGGAGUCGGAGAGGGUCAGGGACCAGCAGAACAGGGUCAUCAUCAGGGAACAGGAGGAGGAGACAGAGCGGCUGUUCCGCCAGAUGCAGCAGCAGAAGGAACAGGACUUGGCCAAGUUAAAAGCCAUGGAGGAGGCUAAUCAUCAGCGGCUGCGGCAGCUGGACCGGGAGCACCAGGAGGCCAGCCGGCGGCAGGUGGAGAGGAUGGAGAGGGACCAUUCCUCACGGAUGUCCGCCUUUAAGAAGGAACAGGAGGAGCAGUUCCAGAGGACCACCCAGAGGCUGGAGAGUGAGAAGCGGUCGCUAGAGGGCACUAUGCAGAGUCUCCGUAACCAGCAGCAGCAGCUGCAGAACCAAGUCACGGAGCUGAGGAACAGACCCCCUACUGUAGUUCAUCAUGGGGGUGGCGGUGGUGGAUGCGUGGUGAUGUAAUUGCUGAACACUCUGACGUUUUCUCGAACCAGAUUAAAACACGCUUUAGCUCUCUCCUCUACAAAUCAUGAAUUAAUAUAUCCAUAUGGUAGAUGUAGGAGGUGUGUUUUUAGUUGCAUAUUGUACAGAAACGAUGUAAAGAAAUACGCUCUUUGACACACACGUGGGACCCUUUGGACACACGUGUAAAGCCUUUGGACGCAUACGUGAGGCCGUAUUGUUCUAUCUAGUAAUAGGGAAAGUUUUUACAAUGCCACAGCUGUUCCUCUCAUUGACUGUAAUGGCCUGAGAGUAGCCUCCUUCACCGGCCUCUCUGGGGGGCAUUGGCGGAACAAACGAGUACAAGCUUCCCGGCAUGUAUUUCUUUCCCGGCAUUUUUCCUUUCGCGGGAUAUUUUCCUUCCCGGCGUAUUCUCAGUUGAAAAUCGCGAAUCGACCUAAAAAUCCCCCUCCCCAACAACUUCCGCCAAUGCCCCCAGAUAGGCUGGUGAAGCAGGAUCGCCUGAGAGCAACUAGAGAUUACACAGCUCCUUCGACAUAGUCUCCAACGUCGUUAUUUUAUGAACAUACGGCAUAGUAUAGAUGUACUUCAAGCUUAUAACGAAGAAAUUAUUUGAUGUUUUGUAUGUAGUUAUCGUAGAUACGAAAACUUGUUAUAAUUGUAUGGUGUAUAACCAUUCAACUCGCAGGAAAAUUUCCAAUGGAAUUAAAAGAGCAGCGACAACUGAAA